ACCCUGACCGACAAGAAAGGCACCAUUAGAGAGAGUCUCCUCCACAGAGAUCAUGAAAGCACUCAAGGUUGUUCCUGUCCUCCUUUCACUGAUUUAUACCACCGCCAGCGUCACCAGAUGGCCUACACACAUAAUCUGCAAGAACGAUAAUUUGGAAGUGAACUACAGAAGCUGUGAUCCUCUGCAAGAUCUUGCUUUGAGUGUUGACAGUUGCUCCUAUGAAGCCGGCAAAGAUGUUAGCAUUCGAUUAGCAACUGUUUUAAGGCACGCCAUCAAUGAACUCACUGUGGAUUUCAGUGCUACUCUUAAUGGACAUAUUGUACCACUUUACAGCAAACAACUUUGUGAACGAAAUUGGCCCCAGUUUCAAUUCUGUGGAAAGAAGAAAGGAGAAUAUAUUUAUUACUCAGGGCCUGUCUCCCUGCACAUGGAGAACAUCCCACACGGAGAAUUUAAUUUAACAGCUGAGCUCUUCAACGAAGACCAUCACACAGUUAUUUGUGCUGAUUUUUACAUCAGUAAUCACUGAGAAGUUGCUGUUUGUUGCUUUUCGAGCUGGCAUUGCCUAGACCAGUGCUUCCCAAACUUUUUCAUUCAUUACAUAAGAGCACUUAUUAAAAAAAAACUUAUUGACCUUUGAGGAACAGCUGUUAAGUCCCUUCCUUCAGCACCAUCGUAAUUUUGAACGGUCACUGAAGGAAUGGACAUAACUCGAGGACUACCGGUACCCUAAAAGCAUAAAUGAACUUCAUAUGAUUUCAACAGAUUAUCAUUUGCAAUUUCAUCCAUUUUGGUCUUUGGGAGAUUUUUGAAUAAAGUUUAGUACACGUGCCAAUCUUUAAGUCAGUUUAAAUAUCCCUCUUGUGAUGGGUAAUGGGCUUGUAUGUUGUUACCCCCAAACCCUCCACUUCCACCCCAUUUUCCUUCUAACUCUCAUUCCCAUCAAAGCAAGACAGAAUACCCUUUUUUUCAGUUCCUUUGUCAGUGCAGUUCAUUUGGGAUUUAUGCAGGAACAUCCAAAAAGUCAAGAUGGUGGCCACCACUGUGUGAUUGAGACUGCCAUCUUUAUCUUUUUGACCAUGCCAGCAGUGCAGGCAACCUUGCAUGAAAAUGAGUCUUUUGAAGGAGUAAGUAUGACAGAGAUCCAUACUUCUAGGAGCCUGGAGCACUACACUGAAAAAAAUCUUGCACUGAAAAACAAGGCUUGGACAAAGCAAGCUAAUGAAGCCACAAAUGGGUAAGUGCUGCUAUCCACAGCCAGCUGGAUCAAUAAACGAGCAAUUUUGCCCUCACCCUCUUCCAGGAAAAAAGACAAGCCCAUCUAGCAAGCUGGUCUCAUCUGUGCUGGAUGGAGGGAAUGCCAUUUUGGAAAUCCACUGCAACGUUGUGCAUUCUCUGAACAUACUCCUCAGCCAAGAGAUCAGCUUAGUCAGAUGGAGGGCUGUCAUUUGGUCAGGAGACAUGAAGGGAAUUUAUCUACUUAAUUUUGUUCCGAUUUUGUUGUGAGGUUUCCUGGGCUGAACAAAAUAAGAAUUCAACCGUGGUUACUUCCACACACAAAAGCUACAACUCAAUAUCUUGCCACUUUAUUAAAUAAAAGGUCAUUUUCUGGAAAGGUUUAGAUUCUGUCAGAUCUCAUGAACAAAU